AUGCUUAUCAAGGAAGACAUCUCAGAGCUGGAGACUAGCGUCGAACUGGGCUGCCAGUUCUUCGUCAAGGCGCUGGUUCCCGACACCAGCUGCAUCUUUGUCGACAUAGGCCUGAACUUCAGGCUUGAGAUGCCGCUGGCUGAAGCAGAAGCAUUCCUUGAAGACAAGGAGAAGCAUCUUUGCAAUGGCUUGGAGUUGAAGAGCAAGCAGGUUGCCAAAGUGAAGGCGGAUAUCCAUGAGGCCUUGCACCUUAUUGACUUGAUGACCAGUCUCCAGUCCGAUCCUCAUGAUUUUUUCUUCCGUAGGUGCGUCGAGUUGUCUAUGCCCUUGGGGGUGACAAGAUGUGUUUCUUCUUGGUGUUGUUGUUGA